AUCAAAUCACACUGGAAACAGGCUUAUUAGAGUUGCUGAGGCCUCACACUAUAGGGACUACUCGGACACACGCACACUAACAACCGCACGAAAUAUGAUUAGCAAAACAAAGAAGUAACUGGUCUCUGGUGUUAGAGUCGCGGCAAUACCGGCCGCCACGAAGAAUGGGCUGUGGAGCUUCAACACGUUCACAAGCAGUGCAGCAUGGAAGUCCUAUGCAUGCGAAGGACACUCCAACAAGUUGGGAACUUAUAAAGUGUUCACCUUCAGUGCGUGAACUGUUCCAAAAGCACGAUAUGCCACCGGAAAUCGCCAAGCUGUUCGUGGAUGAGCUUGCUCUUAGCACAACUAAACACCUGGGCCUUGCAACCGAGGACGACAUUAAAGACCUCAAAGUAAAGCCAAUCUUCAAAAGACGGUUCUUGGGCAUAGUUAAUGAUGCCAACAGCAGGCAUGCUGAACCAGCGUUGACUGCAUCUCAAGCUCCAACUACUCCAUCACCUGCGGCCAUUACUGUGGUGGCCAAUGCCACGCCUACUGUACCUUCGCCUGCUACACCUCAGGAGCAUUCCACCGGCUCCACAAAACUCAAGGAGCGGGUCCAGAAGGGACUCAAGGUGGGCUGCACCUUCCUGACCAAAGUCAAGCCUAUGUUGCCAUUCCCAGGUGACAUGGUCGCUGGCGCGCUGGCCGUCCUCAUGGACCUCGUGUCCCAGGCUAUAGUCAACAAGGAUAACCUGACCAAGCUGCAGGAGCGGGCGGUGGACCUGUUUGACCUUGUCGUCGACAGGCACGUCCCACAAGCAGCGCUGAUGGUGGCUGGCGCUGCAGCGACGCAGCAACCGCGGCAACAUCGUCAGCAAAAGAUGUUGGACGCGUACAUGAAGCUGAUGGAUCGGUUCCGCGACCUGCUCACGGAGCUCAUCGAGUACGUCCGCGUGUUCUCGUCCCACAGCUGGCUUGUCCGCAUCAUCACCAGUGGUGGCGACCGGCAGCGGUACGAGGACUACGCACGGAAGCUACUCGACCUGACACUCGAGGCGCAGUUCGCUGUGGUGGUGGACAUGGCCGGCAUGACGGAGGAGAUGCGGGCAGCCAUGGAGGAGAUGAAGCAACAGAUGGUGUACAUAGACCACAGCGCUGAGGUGCGUGCUGCGGUGGAGGAGUUGGGCGGCGUGGAUGCCGUGAUGGCUGACGAAGAUAAGGCCAAGGAGGUGGUGGAGAAGCUGGGGAUGGGGCAGAGGCUGACCAUCAGGAUUAUGAAGCAAGGGCUUGCAGCCGUGAAAGCAAGCGUGGAGAAGGAAGGCGAUAAGGGCUUUCACCUUCUGAUCUCUCAUAUGGACCUGCGCGUUUUGUGGCACACCUUCUUCACUGGGAAAUGGAGAGUCCCCUGGCGCCUCUGGUGGUUGGGGUUUCCAAGUCGCCUGGGGGAGAAGGUGCACCUGGAGCCAAGCUACGUCUCAGCGUUAUGCGGUGCGUUGGGGAGCGAUCAGGCAAAGCAGGCGUUCCAGCAACAUGUGGAGCGGUCGGACCCCGACAACGUCAGCGUGGAUGAGAUCGAGGAGGCCUUCCCCCCGGACGCUGACCUACUGCAGCUCGUGCGCCAGCUCACAGCCAGCAGCAGUGGCAGCAACACCAUGGCCGCACUUGGCAGUAGCAGCACACCUGGGCAUACCACCACUGGAGUGGUGCAACUCACAUCAACCAGCAGCAGCGAGGCAGCCCCAAGCCACACCCAACAUGAGGCUAUGGCGAGAUGCCGCCUGCCACCACUUGACCCAUUGUACACGGGCCGUGACGCCGAUGCAGAGCUGGUGGUGCGGCUUGUGAAGGAACAGGCAGCAGCCCAACGCGGCGUGUGCCUGCUGGGCGGUGCGGGCCUGGGCAAGUCCAGUCUGGCGGUGGAUGUGGGGUGGAGGCUGGCCAAGGAGGGGGCGUGCCCAGGGGGCGCAUACCUUUGUGACCUGCGUGAUGCGCGGUCUGUGGACGAUGUGCUCAUGCGCAUUGCGCUGGCGGUGGGAAGUGCCAUCACGGGCGAUGAUACCCUCCUCAAGUUGCUUGCGUGGCUGCGCUCCAACUCGGCUCGCUGUGAUGGUGGCAUGUUGCUGGUGAUGGACAACGCCGAGGACGUGCUGCAGGCAGGUGGAGGAGGAGGCAAGGGCUUCAGGGACGCCAUGGCCCAGGUGGGCAGGAUUGGGUCAGAUCGUAAAGGAGAGGAGAAG